AUGAUUGGUAAAUUAUUGAUCUCUAUAUGCAUGAUAGGCUUAACAACAGCAGCUCUGACAGUUGAUGCUGCCAAACAUUGUGAAUGUACAGAACUCACUUAAACCGAUUGUGGAGCUGCAUUAUCUUAUUGUCUUUGGAAUUCAUCUGAUAGUGAAUGCCAAGAGUUCAAUUUAGAGUGCUCAGAUUUGAAUACUUAAAUCACUUGCGAUGCAUUUAGUUCUUGUAAAUGGAAGGAUGGAGCUUGUGAUGAUUGGACUCCUUCAUGUUCUGAUGGCACAACUGUUGCUCUUUGCCGUAAUAUAAAUGGAUGCUAUUGGAAUAAAAGCAAUUAAUGUGCAAGCUUUUCAACUUGCGCUGACUACAGUGUUGAGGAAUGUCCAGAGAAUUAAUUUUGUACAGCAUAAUCAGGAUCGUGUGCUGCCUAUCAAUUUGUCACUUGUUCAUCAUUUACAACAUCUUAAACAUGCACAGGAUUUGAUACACAAACAAGUUAAUGUGCUUGGGCUAAUGAUAAUACAUGCAAAUCUGUGAAGUCAGGCAGUUCAUGUGCAGAUCUUAGCAAUUUCACAAACCUAUGCAAUAACUCUGGUUCAUGUACCUAUGAGGGAAGUGCUUGUCGUUCUAUUAAAUGCUCUGAUCUCCCCAUUGAGUAGGCAUGUAAUUUUGUUUUUACAAGUGAUACCUCUUUCACAUUAUGUGCUUGGGCUAAUGGUGCUUGUGCUGACGCUGCUGACACAUCAGCUUAUACCCAAACUACUUGUUAUUAAAGAACAUUUGGUAAUUACAAGUGGACAUCUGACAAUAAAUGCCUUGCUUGCGACGAUUUGGUUAGCAAUGAUAUGGAUAGCAAUCAACUCAUUCUUGGAGCAUUCGCACUCUUAUUAGUCCUUUUAGAGUGA